ACGGCAUGGCCAGACACCUGGUUGAUGAGAUGCAGGGUAUCCAGCAGCAGAGUAGCCCAUUCGUGACACCAUCGGUUUCUGGCAGAAGCACCCCGAUAUCUCAGCCUCCUCAGAUGGUGUACUCAUAUGCAGAAGGAGCUAUGGGCGAUUUGCUCAAGCCAUUAUUACCAUUUCUGGUGGCUCACAGCGCUCCUUUGGAUGGACCAGGUUUGAGACGGGCAGACUCCCCUGUCACUGAUGCAAUAGAUGAAGUCUCAGCCACAGUCACAGCAGAGAACAUGGACACAGCAUCUUCUCACAGCAAGGACCAAAGUGAAAGAAGACCGGCCAGCUGUGAGCCGGACUUGACACAGCAGGAUUGCAGCCGCCGGAGCAUGAUCAGUGUCUUCACCAACUUGAUGGUCCAUGAGCUGAUGAUCAUGCUUCAGAAGGACGCAGCAGCUGCGAAACAGGAAAGGAGCAAUGAUCAGAAGUAUGAAGAUCUUAUUGACAAAGUCAUGUCAACGUUUGGUGGAGCUUCUGGAGCUCCGAAUAUGCAUGAGCACCUAAACAACAUCAAGAUCCAGACCAUUUACAGGAUAAUGGAUGGGCUCCUGCUGCAGGAGUUUGGCUCCGAAGCCAUCCAGCAGAGGGCAGGGAAUCCAGAGGUUGGCUUUGGUAACAUCUUUCUGACUAAGUUGAGAGAACUGUUCAGAAAUAGCGCCGACGUCACUGAUGUCCCCCCAUCUGCACAGAGAGCUUCAUCCUCAAUUGGGCCUGUGCACGCAUCUGCAGGUGACAAAAAGCAAAAAGCAGGAAGAUUCUCCAGAUUUCGACUCAAGGCUCCAAAGAGACGCAGCACAAAGGUGUCUCCAAUCGCCAACUGUGACAUGGCAGGCAAGCAUGCAGAGACACCUGCCCCGACUGAGAACAUUUCUGAUGCACCUGCUGGCAAACGUUCCUGGUUCAUGAGGAUGUUCAGUUGCUGCCUCCAAAGCCCAACUCUGGCCUGAACAGACCUCAAACUCCCCAACCUGCCAAAACUUCCAUCUAAUCUCACAAUGUUUCUUCCAUUUCCAACGUCUAUGCCCUCAUUCUACCAUAGCCUUACCCAUUCUAUUUUCAAAACAUUGAGUACAAUAUUUUAUUACAUUUCAGUAAUUGAAUUGAAAAAUGUAGACGCAAAACAUUUGUACAACAGGAGUAAUUGCAAUUCAUCUACCGAAGCAGGUCAUGAUCGUCUCUGUAGGAUUUUAACAUAUGGUGUACUCACUUUUGUGAGGUAGGCUACAUUUGAGUCAUAACGGCUGUAUUUCAAAUGACUUUUAGUGAAAAAUAAAUUGAAAUGGCUAUAGAA